AUGGAGUUUGUGCGGGCGCUGUGGCUCUGCCUGGCGCUGGCGCUGGCGCUGGGGCCGGGCCCCGCCGGGGGCCACCCGCAGCCGUGCGGCGUCCUGGCUCGCCUGGGGGGCUCGGUGCGCCUGGGCGUUCUCCUGCCCCGCGCGCCCGCCGCCCGCGCCCGCGUUCGCGCCGCCCUGGCCCGGGCCGCCCUGGCGCCGCGGCUGCCGCACAACCUGAGCCUGGAGCUGGUGGCCGCCGCGCCCCCUGCCCGCGACCCCGCCUCGCUGGCCCGCGGCCUGUGCCAGGCACUGGAGGCCCCGGGCGUGGCGGCCGUGCUGGCCUUCCCGGAGGCGCGGCCCGAGCUGCUGCAGCUGCACUUCCUGGCGGCCGCCACCGAGACCCCCGUGCUCAGCGUGCUGCGGCGGGAGGCGCGCGCGCCCCUCGGGGCCCCGAACCCGUUCCACCUGCAGCUGGACUGGGCCAGCCCCCUGGAGACGCUGCUUGACGUGUUGGUCGCUGUGGUGCGGGCACACGCCAGGGAGGACGUCAGCCUGGUGCUCUGCCGCGUGCGGGACCCUGCUGGCCUGGUGGCCCUCUGGACAGCCCGGGCUGGCAGGGCCCCAAAGCUGGUGCUGGACCUGAGUCGGCCAGACGCGGACGACGCGGGGCUGCAGGCACGCCUGGCCCCCCUGGGGGCCCCCCCUGGGGGCUCGGCCCCAGCCCCAGCGGCUGUGCUCCUGGGCUGUGGCCCAGCCCGUGCGCGGCAGGUGCUGCAGGCCGUGCCCCCCGGGCCCCACUGGCUGCUGGGCACACCCCUGUCCGCUGACAUGCUGCCCACGGAGGGCCUGCCCCUGGGGCUCCUGGCCCUGGGCGAGGUGGGCCGACCCCCGCUGGAGGCCACCGUUCAGGACGCUGUGGAGCUGGUGGUGCGAGCCCUGGGUAGCGCUGCCCAGGCGGAGCCGGAGCGUGCCCUCCUGCUCACCACGGCCAGCUGCAACGACCCGCAACCAGCUGGGCCUGAGUCCUCGGGCCACUUCUUGGCACGGUUCCUGGCCAACACGUCCUUCCGGGGCCGCACCGGGCCCGUGUGGGUGACCGGCUCCUCCCAGGUGCACAUCUCCCGGUACCUGCGAGUGUGGAGCUUGCGCCGGGACCCGCGGGGUGCCCCGGCCUGGGCCACCCUGGACGCGCUGUUCGCCGCACUGGCCAACGGCUCAGCGCCACGCGCCCUCCGCAAGUGCUGCUACAUCUACUGCGUUGACCUGCUGGAGCGCCUGGCGGCGGACACGCCCUCCGACUUCGAGCUGUACAUCGUGGGCGACGGCAAGUACGGCGCCCUGCGGGGCGGCCGCUGGACCGGCCUGGUGGGUGACCUGCUGGCCGGCGGGGCCCACGUGGCCGUCACCAGCUCCAGCAUCAACUCGGCACGCUCCCAGGUGGUGGACUUCCGCAGCCCCUUCUUCUCCACCAGCCUGCGCAUCAUGGUGCGGGCCCGGGGCACGGCCUCGCCCAUCGGCGCCUUCACGUGGCCGCUGCACUGGUCCGUGUGGCUGGGCGUCUUUGCCGCCCUGCACCUCACCGCGCUCUUCCUCACGCUGUAUGAGUGGCGCAGCCCCUACGGUCUCACGCCCCGUGGCCGGAACCGGGCCACCGUGUUCUCCUACUCUUCGGCCCUCAACCUCUGCUAUGCCAUCCUCUUCGGACGCACCGUCUCCAGCAAGACGCCCAAGUGCCCCACGGGGCGCCUCCUCAUGAACCUGUGGGCCAUCUUCUGCCUGCUAGUGCUGUCCAGCUACACCGCCAACCUGGCCGCCGUCAUGGUCGGGGACAAGACUUUCCUGGAGCUGUCAGGAACCCAUGACCCCAAGCUGCACCACCCGGCCCAGGGCUUCCGCGUAGGCACCGUGUGGGAGAGCAGCGCCGAGGCCUACAUCAAGAAGAGCUUCCCCGCUAUGUACGCGCACAUGCGGCGCCACAGCGCGCCCAGCACGCCGCACGGCGUGGCCAUGCUCACGAGCGACCCCCCCAAGCUCAACGCCUUCAUCAUGGAUAAGUCGCUCCUAGACUACGAGGUCUCCAUCGACGCCGACUGUGAACUGCUGACCGUGGGCAAGCCCUUCGCCAUGGAGGGCUACGGCAUCGGACUCCCUCAGAACUCGCCCCUCACCUCCAACCUGUCCGAGUUCAUCAGCCGCUACAAGUCCUCCGGUUUCAUCGACGUGCUGCACGACAGGUGGUACAGGAUGGUGCCUUGUGGGAAGCGCGUCCUCGCCGUUACAGAGACCCUGCAGGUGGGCGUCUCCCACUUCUCGGGACUCUUUGUGCUGCUCUGCCUGGGGCUCGGCAGCGCUCUGCUCAGCUCCCUGGGCGAGCACGUCUUCUACCACGUGGCGCUCCCGCGCAUCCGCAGGGGCAGCAAGCUGCAGUACUGGCUGCACACGAGCCAGAGAAUCCACCGCGCCCUCAACACAGAGCCGCCGGAAGGACAGGAGGAGCCAGAGCCGAGCCCCCUUCCACCUCACGUCCCCAGGGCUCUUGAGCCACAGCAGGACACAGGGGCGGCCUCUGCGGGCGCAGUGAGCGGGACACGGGUGCGCGGGGCCACGGCGAGGGAGCACCGCGUGCGCUUCCUACCGGAGCCCACAGAGGCGGCUGGAGCGCCUGACGCGGAGGUGGUGGGGCUGCCAGAGCGCCCAGUCUGGCUCUGUCCCAGGGGCCGCCUGCCCGCCGUGCCGCCCUCCGGCCCUGCAGGUCCCGGCGAGCUGGAGCAGCUGGAGCAACGCAUCCAGAGUGCGCGGGAGCAGCUGCGCCAGGCCCUGGUGGGGCGAGGAGAGCUCCUGGCCCGGCUGGGGGAUUGCCCCUGCUCCGAAGCACCUGCCGCCGCCCGGUGACCCAUCCCAGGGGAUGCGGCGCCUGCCCCGCUCCAGGGGCCCCACCCUGCC